AUGUUUGAGCAUCUCAAGUCAAUAUAUGAGAAUGCUAACAAGCUGCAAAAUAUCAAGAGUAAUUAUCACAAGCUGAUUAUAUGCAAUGAGAAUAAUUAUCAUGAAUUUGUCACAAAAUUUUUACAUCUGACAGAGAAGGUCAAGAUUGUCAGAGAGGACUAUAAGACAGACUUCAAUGACAAGCUAUUCUUUGAUCUUCAGAAGAUGAUAGCAGUAGUCAAUAAAUCAAAGAGCUCACAGGAAAAUGAGUCUAAUAUCUUCAAGCAGAACACUCUGUGGACUGUCAACAGUCAAACAUUCUUCAGCAUCUCUACAACAAAAUCCUCUACUGUGAAGAAGGCCUUGAGCUCUUGUCUGAAUAUUCAGUGCUACUACUGUAAGAAAAAAGAUCACAUUGUCAGGAACUGCCCUGCAAAGCAGAAGUCUCAGCAGGUGAUUGCUGAGCUCACAGAGAAUGAUGUCUCUGAGUCUUCAGCAGAUUCAGAAAAAGAGUGA